GAAGCACGAGGACGUCGGCGGGGUGGCGCAGAUUGACAAGACGUCCGUCUUCCAAGAAGGUAGGCCGCCUGUAUACUUCUGGAGUGGUGGAGGGGGGAGCAUUCUGGCGGUAUGGGAAGCUGACCGCCCGUCCAGCGCGCGUCUUCAACCAGAGCCCCAUUUCGCCGCGCAAGUGCAGAGUGGUAUGUUGGGACGCCCCUCCAUGUGACCGUGGGCUGAGCAUGGCAGAUAUUGACCAAGCUGGCCCUGCUGCUCUUCACCGGCGAGAGCUGGGGGAGGCAGGAGGCCACGACCCUCUUCUUCGGCAUCUCCAAGCUCUUCCAGAACAAGGAUGCCUCGCUGCGCCAGAUGGUCUACCUGGUCAUCAAGGAGCUCGCCGGUUCCGCCGACGAUGUCAUCAUGGUCACGUCGUCCAUCAUGAAGGACACGUCCGUCGGCAGCGACGUCGUCUACCGCCCCAACGCCAUCCGCGCCCUGUGCCGCGUCAUUGACGCCUCGACCGUCCAGGCCAUCGAGCGCCUCGUCAAGACGUGCAUCGUCGACAAGAACCCGUCCGUCGCCUCGGCCGCCCUCGUCUCGUCGUACCACCUGCUGCCCGUCGCAAAGGAUGUCGUGCGGAGGUGGCAGUCCGAGGCCGCAGAGGCUGCUUCAGGCAGCAAGUCGGGCGGUGGCUUCUUCGGCGGACUGGGAGGCGGCGGCUCCCACACGGCACUCCAGGCCAGCACAAACUACAUGACACAGUACCACGCCAUUGGCCUGCUGUACCAGAUGCGCUCCGGCGAUCGCAUGAGCCUGGUCAAGAUGGUCCAGCAGUACUCGGCACAGGGCGUCGUCAAGAGCCCUGCUGCCACCGUCCUGCUGGUCCGUCUGGCAGCCAAGCUCGCUGAAGAGGACCCCAACCUCCGCAAGCCCAUGAUGCAGCUGCUCGACGGCUGGCUGCGCCACAAGUCGGAGAUGGUCAACUUCGAGGCUGCAAAGGCCAUCUGCGACAUGCGCGACGUGACCGACGCCGAGCUCGUGCAGGCAGUCCACGUCCUCCAGCUGUUCCUCACCUCGCCUCGCGCCGUCACAAAGUUUGCUGCCCUCAGAAUCCUGUCGCAAAUGGCCUCGUUCAAGCCCGACGCUGUUCGAUCGUGCAACCAGGACAUCGAAUCGCUCAUCACAAACUCGAACCGCAGCAUCGCCACCUUCGCCAUCACCACUCUGCUCAAGACCGGCAACGAGUCGUCUGUCGACAGGCUGAUGAAACAGAUCACUGGCUUCAUGGCCGAGAUCACCGACGAGUUCAAGGUCACCAUUGUGGAGGCAGUGCGCACAUUGGCUCUGAAGUUCAAGGCCAAGCAGUCUGGCUUCCUCGCUUUCCUCAGCGGCAUCCUGCGCGACGAGGGAGGCUACGACUUCAAACGAUCUGUCGUCGAGGCUAUCAUGGACUUGAUUCGAUUCGUCCCCGAGGCCAAGGAAGAUGCGCUAGCCACAUUGUGCGAGUUCAUUGAGGAUUGCGAAUUCACCAAGCUGGCAGUGAGGAUCCUUUUCGUACUCGGGAGGGAAGGUCCUUCAACGCCACACCCUACAAAGUACAUCAGAUACAUCUACAACCGUGUCGUCUUGGAGAAUGCUAUUGUUCGUGCGGCAGCCACCUCUGCAUUGGCCAAGUUCGGCGUUGGCCAGAAAGACCCCGAGAUCAAGAAGUCGGUUCACGUCCUUCUCACCCGAUGCCUGGACGAUGUGGACGACGAGGUCCGAGAUCGGGCGGCCUUGAACCUCAGCUUGAUGGACCAGGAUGAUGACUUGGCUAUUAGCUUCAUUCGCAACGACUCGAUGUUUUCUCUACCCGUUCUUGAGCACCAGCUUGCCCUGUAUGUCAGCUCCGGGUCUCGCGAUACUUUUGAAACCGCUUUCGACAUCACCCAGAUCCCGACAGUCUCCCGAGAACAGGCAGACGCCGCAGAUCUCACAAAGAAGACCGAAGGCGUUACACCGACGCUCAAGGCUCCCAGUGCUGCCAAGGCACCAUCAAAGGCUGGUGCGGAUGCUGCAGCAUCUGGGGCGGCGGCUGCACAGAAGUAUGCUGCGGACCUGCAAAAGAUUCCAGAACUGGCAGCGCAUGGCGGCGUGCUCAAGUCAAGCGACGUCAUCGAGCUCACAGAGUCCGAGACCGAAUACGUCGUCACGGCCAUCAAGCACAUCUUUAAAGACCACGUCGUCAUCCAAUACGACAUCAAAAACACACUGCCCGACACAGUACUCACCGACGUUGAGAUGGUAGUCACACCCGAAGACGACGGCGACGUGCAGCUCGAAGAAGAGUUCAUAAUCCCAGCACCAAAACUGCCGACAAACGAGCCCGGAACUGUCUACGUAUCCUUCAAGCGUCUGGAGACGGAGUCGCAAUUCAUCGCCACCACCUUCACAAACAUGCUCAAAUUCACAAGUAAAGAAAUCGACCCCAGCACAGGCGAACCCGAAGAAGGCGACGGCUACCCAGACGAAUACCAAGUCGAGGACCUGGACCUCAAUGGCGCGGACUACGUCGUCCCCGCUUACGCCGGCAGCUUCGAUAACAUCUGGGAGCAGGCCAACGGCGACUCGGCUACGGAAACACUGCAAUUGAGCAAUAUUAAGAGUAUAUCAGACGCAACAGAACAGCUCACAAAGACACUGAGCCUCCAACCCCUCGAGGGCACAGACGUCGCUCUCUCCGCUUCGACACAUACGCUUAAACUCUACGGUAAGACGGUUACGGGCGGGAAGGUCGCGGCGAUGGUUCGGAUGGCGUUUAGUGCUAAGACGGGCGUGACUAUGAAGAUUGAUGUUAGGAGUGAGGAG